GCAAGGAGUGACGAGGACAGUGCAGUGUAGCCAGAUGAAGGGGCGAUAAAGGUUUCCACUCUCCAGUUCCUUGUCAGUUUGCAUCUUACCAAGCAAGUGACAACAACAGCGUCUACGGAGGGAGGCAGGCAAACUUACACAUGAUCCUGUUGCUGGUGGUGAUGUCCUGCCUGGUGAGUCUGACGGUUGGCGCUACCAAGUGGGCCACCAACGGCAGGGAUGACAACGCCCUCAUGCUCACACUCUUUGGCGCAAUCGUCUUCAUCUUCGUCGUCAUGGGGAUCGCAAUCACGUUGUGCGCAGAACCAUUCAAUCGCCAGUCGCAAAACCUUCCCUUCUCGGAUCGCCCUCCUAAGUACAGAGACACGUGGAGACGCCAGCACCUCGAGUCUUGCUCCCAGGCAACCGACACCAUUCCGGGAGUCGCCUCCUUGGACACGCAGAGGGAACGUAGCGACACUAAUUUCUCCAGGCUAGACGUAAGGAGCCUGUUUCACUCCCUGGCCAUCCCGGGGGUCCACCACAGUUCCAGAAGAAACACAUCUGCCAGUGUGAUUAAUGAACACAUGAGGCAUCAACUGGAGAUUAGCGGGAGACCUGCAAGAGCCAACACCGCCCCAGCCUGUGACGAGGGGCUGCCCACGUACGAGGAGGCGAUGAAUAGAUAAAAGAUGAGCAUGCCCUUCAGUAGCCGCACCCUGUUGGUGGUGCUGACAUUCUUCGCUAUUGUCAAUGCAGUGGCAGCAUUUAUGUGUUACACCAAGACCUUGGGUGAGGAUGGCACUUCAGUGGAGUUUUGUG